CUCUUCCAUCAGGCCAAUGAGGUGACGGACAGUGCGUACAUGGGCUCGGAGAGCACCUACAGCGAGUGUGAGACCUUCACGGACGAGGACACCAGCACUCUGGUGCACCACGAGAUGCACGACGAAGUGGAAACGGACAGCGCCAUCGAUUCCACCGUGCACUCGGAGUACGCGGAUCCCAUUGAGGAGUCGGAGAACGGGUAGGUCCCUCUCCCUGGCGAAGCCAGGCCUCAUUCCAUCGUCACCGUAAUUAGCGGGGAGGAGCAGUUUGAGGAUUACGGGGAAGGGAACGAGGCGGACCUCUUCUCGGACAGUUUGUGCAACGGAGAAAGCAGCUACGCCAGCUCGUCCUUCCUUUCUCCCAGCGCCCACCCGCUCACCACCCAACUGCACAGCAUCCUCACUGACGAGGCGUUUGAGUUUUACUGUAGCCAGUGCCACAAACAGAUCAAUCGCCUUGAGGAUCUUUCAGCUCGCCUAAAUGAUCUUGAAAUGAAUAGUCCCAAUAAGAGACUCUCGAGCAAGAAGGUAGCAAGGCACCUGCACCAGACGGGCACCCUCACUGUGAACGUGAUGGAGGAGUCGUUCCAAAGCAGCAUGGAGUGCCUGGAGGAAGAUAUCGCCGACAAGGUGAUCUUCCUAGAGAAAAGGGUGACGGAGCUGGAAAAAGACACAGUCGCGAAUGGAGAGCAACACAGUCGACUGAAGCAGGAAAACCUCCAGCUGGUUCACAGAGCGAAUGCCCUGGAGGAGCAGCUGAAGGAACAAGAGCUGAGAGCCGACGAGAUCCUGAUGGAAGAAAUCCGGAAGCAGCGGGAGCUGUUGGCCAAGAUGGAGAGGGAGAAGAGCAUCGCCAUUGAGAACCUGCAAGCCCGGUUACAACAACUGGACGAGGAGAACGCGCGGCGGCGCCCGUGUCUGCGAGCCAAUAUUGAGCGGCUGGAGGAGAUGAGGCCCCUUUUCCGCAUGGGGUGUGAGAAGCGGAAACUGCUGGACGAAAUCGAAGACCUCACGGUGCAGCUGAACGAGGAGCUGGAAAGUAAGCGGAAGCUGGGGGACAAACUGAGCCACGAGAGACACCAGUUCCAGAAGGACAAGGAAUCCACGCAGGAGCUGAUCGAAGACCUCCGGAAGCAGCUGGAGCACCUGCAGCUCUUCAAGCUCGAGGCGGAGCAGCGGCGGGGCAGGAGUAGCAGCGUCGGCCUCCAGGAGUACAACAGCCGGACGCGGGAGGCGGAGCUGGAGCAAGAGAUCAGGCGGCUCAAGCAGGAUAACCGGAACCUGAAGGAACAGAAUGAUGAACUCAACGGGCAGAUCAUAAACCUCAGUAUUCAAGGCGCUAAGAACCUCUUCUCUGCUUCCUUUUCUGAGUCUUUGGCAGCGGAAAUCAGCUCAGUCUCCAGAGAUGAGCUCAUGGAGGCCACUCAAAAGCAGAAGGAGAUCAAUCUCCGGCUCCAGGACUACAUCGACCGGAUCAUCGUGGCCAUCAUGGAAACCAACCCGUCCAUCCUGGAAGUCAAGUAA